AUGACCCCACAGGAGAGAAUGAAGGCAGCACAGCGGCGAGCCCAGGAGAAGCUGAGCGAACAGCGAAAAGAAUACGAGGCCACCGUCAAGCAAGGCGGCCUUGCCCCGAGCAGCGCAUUUGGAGGCGAGCUGAAGCGAAAGACGUUCCACCCGGCCGGUCCUGUGACCGAAGACGCGUUCGAGAAGCGCAAUCCCACCAACAUGGAUCAGGCUCUCAAUCCACGGCCAGAGGCUCGGCUCAGGUGGCAGCGGAAGAUGGUCAUCCGCGAGAUCAAGCACCGCGGCAGACUGAACAAGACGGUCCGGAUUGCCAGGACCGAACGCGAACAUACGUCGAGAUCGCACUUCUUCAAGACGUCGAUGAAAAAGCUUGCUCCCCUCGCCCGCCAGAUCGCCGGCAAGUCCAUCGACGAGGCCAUUCUUCAGAUGAGAUUCUCGAACAAGAAGGUCUCGCAGGACGUUCGCCAGCACCUCAUCCAAGCUCGCAACGAGGCCAUUGUCAUCAAGGGCAUGGGCCUCGGACGUGCUGGGUCCGAAAACUCCGACUUGCACGCCGAUCCGAGCGAGACACCACCGCUCCCGCACCAGACGCCCCUGAAGACCUACAAGAAGGGCGAGGCCCCUGAUCCGACAGACAUCUAUAUAGCUCAGGCGUGGACCAACCGUGGUCCGUACGGUCAGGAACCGGAUUACCGUGCUCGAGGGCGAAUGUACGUGAUGAGACCUCCGCACACGGGUCUUACGGUGCUGUUGAAGGAAGAAAAGACGCGGACAAGAGAGAGGGCUGAGAAGCAGGCGAAAGCCCUAAAGAAGCGGACAGGCAAGAGCAUGUGGGUACACCUACCCGACCGACCCGUCACCACUCAGAGGCAGCACGUCUUGUGGUAG